UCCUUAAAAUAGGAAAAAAAAAAUAUUCGGUGAAAAUUUCGAGUGAAAAAUUUUGCGAUUUUUUUUUUAAUUUUUCAAAAUAGUCGAAUUUUGUAUAAAAUAAAUAUUAUAAAAAGUGAAUGUGUUUUCAAAAAAGGAUACAAUAUCCUUGUGUGACUACUAUGACAAUUAAAUAGGCAUUUUUGUGAGGAGACUUUGUUGGGAUACUUACCUACAUUUGCCAGGAUUUCAAGAAAAGGAAUGCCCCUUGAGUACAAAAGAGUACAAUUCAUCAAUAAAAAUAGUUUAGAUAAAUAAAAUAUGGGGCUACAGAAACACUACCUGAGAUAUGGACGAAGUGCGAGGGACCAUAUAUUCGGGCUGGGUGGAGGUGGAAGUAGCGGAGGAGGAACUGCACACAUGAGAAGCAGACCAACGCCCCUGUCGAUGCUUAUAUCACAAGGAGCCAAAAUCAAUAACAAUAGACUUGCUGUGAUAAUUAUUGGAAUAGUUACAUUAAUAUUAGGUAUAGUGUUAUCAACAAUACCAUGGUUAGAUUAUUUUAUAUUAAAGAAUUUACGAUUAUGGAAUGAUACAUUAAGUUUUCAUUACUGGCAAAGGCCAGGUGUAGUUCGAUUAACAAGAGUUUACAUAUAUAAUGUAACCAAUCCGAAUGGUUUCUUAAAUGGUGAGAAACCAAGACUUCAAGAAGUCGGACCAUUUGUUUACAGGGAAGACAUGGAAAAGGUAAAUGUCAACUUUUAUGACAAUUUUACAGUGUCAUAUCAGCAUAAGAAAAUUUUACAAUUUGUUCCUGAACUGAGUAUUGAUAAAAAUACAAAAAUUAUUACACCAAACAUUCCUUUAUUGACGCUUACAAGUUUGAGUCCAAAAUUAGGAUAUUUUCUAUCAAAAACAAUUUCAAUGGUACUUACAGCUGCUAAGUUUGAGCCAUUUAUAAGUGUGACAGCUGAUCAAUUAGUAUUUGGAUAUGAUGAUGCAUUGGUUAGUUUAGCGCAUAGAUUUUAUCCGAGACACAUGCGUCCAAUGGCAAGAAUGGGACUUCUCAUUGGACGCAAUGGUACACUUGAAGAAAUCUCAACAAUCAAAACUGGCCACACUGGAAUGGAUGAAUUCGGUUAUAUUUCUCGUCUAAAUGGACUUGAUCAUUUGCCAACAUGGCGUGAAAAACCAUGCGUUAGCAUAACAGGAUCAGAGGGAUCAUUUUUCCCCCCUCGAGAUAUCACCAAAGCUGAUACCGUCUACAUUUAUGAUAAGGAUUUGUGCAGAGUGAUUCCUUUGCAAUAUAGUGAAGGUGUUGAAAAAGAUGGAAUUGAUGCCGAUUUAUAUCGAUUACCAGAAAAUGCCUAUGGAGAUUCUGUAAAAAAUCCUGAAAAUAUAUGCUUCGAUGCUGAUGAUUAUGAACCAGAAAAAGGAUUGCAAAACAUAAGUCCAUGUCAAUAUGGAGCUCCGGUUUAUAUAUCAAAUCCACAUUUCUAUCAAUCGCAUCCGGAUUUUCUGGAAUCGGUAGAGGGAUUGCAACCAAAUCAAACUGAACAUGAAACGUAUUUUAAAAUUCAACCAAAACUCGGUGUUCCACUUGAAGGUAAAGUACGAAUUCAGUUAAAUUUGAAGGUAACGCAAGCUAAAAAUAUUUACCCUGUGCGAAAUUUCCGUGAUUUUAUGUUUCCUGUCAUGUGGUUGGAAGAGGGAAUCUCCGAAUUAACCCCCUCAAUUCGCCGUUGGAUUUAUUUGGCAACAGUGUUUGCACCAUUUAUGAUUCCACUAGCAGCCUACUUUAUGAUUAUCUCAGGAUCAUUAGCCAUUGUAUUCAUAUUCGUUCGUGCCUAUCAGAAUUUCGUAUUUGCCCGUGAUCCAACAUUGGAAAUACUCGAAAUGGGUCGUCGUUCUAUACGACGUGGCAGCAGUUUCAUAUCGACACAUCAGCACAAAAUAAUGCAAGCGCAUCAUCAACGUGAUCAUUAUUCAUUAUUAAAACAAUCACCAAGUGUGGUUGAAGAAGAAAAAAAUCAAUUAGCGUCAUAAUGAUGUUUUUUUUUAUUAUAAUUUUUUUUAAAAUAAUUUUAAAUAGAUUAAUUAAUUUAAGCUAAAAAAUAAAAAAUGUAUACCAAUAGCAGUAAAAAAAAAAAAAAAACAACAAACAAACAAAUAAAAAAAUGUGAUUUAGGCAAUGAUAAUUUAUCUUAAAAACAAAUUCUCACCAUCAACUUUAUUUAGAUAGGUAUAAACAAUAAAUUUUAAACAAAAUAAAGAAAAAUUUAAUUAUUUUUUUUCUUAAACUUAAGCCAAAUGGAGAACAAAAACAAAAUAUUUUUUUUUAAGAUUUUAUAAUUCAUCCAUCAUUACACAAAAUACACACAAUCUAUCAUGGCGCUAUUAUUAUUUUUUUCCAUUCAACAAAAUUUAUUUUAAAAAAUUUUUAUUUCAUUUCAUUAGUUCGUUAUAAAUUGUAUUAUAUUUAACUCAUAUAAUAUGUUAUUAUUUUUUAAAUAUUUAAUUAUUCACUAGUCAUCAAUGUUAGAGGACACCCCAUUAGUAAAAACAAACAUGCAUUGCAUUUUU